AUGCAGACCAAACAAAUACAAUAAUUAAAUGAUAAUGCUUCACAAAUUCAGUUAACCAUAAAAAAUAUGUAAAUAGUCAUAACUAGAAUAGACUCUGAAAGGAUUAAGUUGUAAUCGCAAUUUUCAUAACAUGUCAUUAAUGUUGAAUAUGCAGUGUUCGAAACUCCUUUACAUUCUUCGUAAGGAUAGGUGGCAUUAUGUUAAUUGGCCAUAAAACACUCAUUAAAAUCUUUUAAGGCUUGA